AUGGCAGGCAACUUCACUUUCGACAAUUUGAUGGCGGCCACUUUUCUCGCUCAUGGGGGCUCAACCCACCAGUCCUUACCUACCCCAGGCUUGAUGGUGACACGCCUCCAAGGACUAGGGGACUGGAGCUCAGAAACCAAGAGGACCACCAUGGUGUCCAUCGCCGAUGACAUCGCCCAGACCAUGAUGAAAAUCGGAAAACACGUCGCGACCAAUGAUCUGGAACCUGAACACACAGACCAGUUUUCAGACCUAAUUGGUGUCAUGUGCGACACGAAGGGGAAGUAUAUGAAGCGAAAGAUACGCCGACUCCGCGAGCAGAAGCAUUUUGAACGACACACAUACCGAGCUUGUAUUAUGGAGGCGGGAGAUGUGAUUUCGCAAUACGAGAGAAAAGUGCGUGGGCUGAAGGAGGUGGUUAAGAAUUUGAAGGCGGAGCGGAUGCUGCUGCUGGGUUUGCUGCAAUCCCGGGGAAACGAUGAGGGGAUUAUGGAGAACGGAGGAAAGGAGGAGACUGUACAGGAUCAGAAGCAGGAGCAGAAUCAGAAUCAUAUCGAUCCGACCAAGAAUGAGGAUUAUGACGAGGAGAGAGAUGGGGUUUGGGGAGAGGAUAUGGAGUUUGAAGAGUGA